GUGAGUAAGAAACAGGAAGGAAGUAAAGUCAGCAGAAAGUCUGUAACGAUUUAUUCAACAGACAGUAGAAACAGCAACUAACAUCAGAGAACAACAGCAUGUAAUGUAGGACGAGCAGCUCUCUGUCUUUCAUUAUAUAUGUGAAUUUACACAAAGUGAAGAUCAUCGAAGUGAAGUGAAGAUGAACUCCAGUCUCUCAUCGCUGAUCCUGCUGCUGCUCAUCCCAGGCCCUGUAACAUUAGACCGCAUCUCAGUGACCUGUAGGCAACAGAGUAUUUGUGCUGUGAAGGGGACAGAAGUGACACUGAAGUGCUCUUACUCCAGCUUCAACAUCAAAACUGUGUUCUGGUUCAGUGAGAAACAAAGUACAAACUGGAGAAAAAACAAUGAACCUGAAGAUUUGACUUUAGACUCAGAUUACUCAGGACGGGUGAAGCAGGUCAUUAGUAAAUAUGAAGCAGAACUCACAAUAUCAGACGUGAGAGAGAGAGACUCUGGAGAAUAUCAGCUCAUGUUCAUCAUGAAGGAUGGAGUUAAACAUCUCAGCUCAGCGGCCGUCAGUCUAACAGUCACAGUUCUGCAGGUGAGGAUGAAUCCUGAAUCUAUAAACCUGACAGAAGAGACAGUAGAACUGAACUGUGAUUCUUCCUGUGAUUUCACCUCUGGAGUUUGGUAUGACUGGAUGAAGAAUGGACAGUAUUUCAGAUAUACACAGUCCAACAUAUUUGUGUCAGUCAGCAGAGAUGCUGGCAGCUUUUCCUGUUCUCUUUAUCCACAUAAACAUCCCUCUUCUUCUGUGUGCAUUUCUAAGAGUGGCUGCUGGGGUGUGACUUACUCCUCUAGAAGAGUCUGUGCUUUGGUCGGCUCAACAGUAGACAUUUCCAGCACAUACACACAUCCCUCUGGUCAUACUGUAAAUAAAACAUUCUGGCAUUACGUUCAGUCUGGUGACUUAAAGGAUCUGCGUGAGGAGCAUCAGUUUGCUGGUCGUGUGGAGUAUGUGGAGAACAAACUGAGAAUCAAAGAGCUCAAGAUCAGUGACUCUGGAGAAUACAGAUUCAGGUUCAUCACUGACUCAGAAAAAUACUCUGGAUCCCCUGGAGUCAUUCUUACUGUGACAGAUACGCAGGUGAAAAGCAGCCCAUCUGUUAUAUCAGAGGGACAGGAAGUGAUAUUAAUCUGUUCAACUAAAUGCACUCCAGACGACAAACAUACUUACAUCUGGUACAAGAAUGGACGACAGGUAACAGAUGGAUUCACUAAAGACAACAAGCUGUACCUGGACUCAGUCAGCGAUGAAGAGCUUCACCAGAGUCCUGUGGUAUAA